ACAGUAUAUUAAACUGACCAGGUAGAGGGGUCUAGUUGGUUCUGGACCGUCCUGGUGGCCUUCUUGUGCGGGGGAAUGCUAGGGAUCUGCAUUAUGGAGCUCACGGUUUGGUUCCGAAGGCGUCGACGGUCUGCGGGGCCCGACACGCCGCAAUAUGUCACCCACAAUCCUAACUAUGGAGAAUUACUACUUGGAGAUACGCUUCAGCAAAUCAAGGAGAAGUAUGUCAUAUCUAGAAAUACUUUAGAAAUCGACUUGAACAAUAAGCUCGGAGAAGGCUGCUUUGGACUAGUGUACGAAGGUGCGCUCUCCAUGGCUUCAGGCACAGAACUGAAAGUGGCCGUAAAGGCUCUCAGUGAACAGUCAGCGUAUUCCGAAGUCAAGAGAUUCUUACAAGAAGCAGUUAUAAUGCAUGCACUUGGAACUCCGGGGUGGAUCCAGAAAUUUACAAACAUUCUAAGUAAUUGGAUUUUUACAGUUACACAGAAUAAGACGGACUGUAAAAAGUCUUGGGUUCCCACGAAGGUGUUGAUUGAAGCUUGGGCUCCAAGGACAUAA